CAAACUUCGAAACAAUAAAACUCUAUAAAUUUGACAUGACGCACUUUUAAUGGGUGGAGUACAGUCUGUAAGGACUAGUUUUGGAGGUGGUGCUGCUUGAAGAAGAUGUGUACUGGAUAGAGAAAAGGGCCAGCGAAUGCCAUGUUGAAGGUGUUAUUCCACUCUAUUUUCUACGUCAUGCAAACCCUAAAUAAGGAAAAACAUAAAACCAAGCCAGUUCAUUUCUCCUCUCGCUUAUCAGAAUCUCCGCAUGCACAACGUGUUUUCUCUCUUCUUAUAUAAUCUUUUUCUAUCUCGCUACAAAACUCAUAAACCGGAAGGGAUCAUGCCUGUGAGGAAAUUAAUCAAGAAGACUAUCUACACCAAGAUCGGGAAUACCCUCUCCCUGUCUACCUUCACGGCCGAACCCCACGACAAAGACAUGUCUACAAAGCAACAAAGGAGUAAUCAUAACGAGGCAUCAGAGCCAAAUACCAUAUCAUUACUUGUUUAAUUCUCACUAUUUUCAAACAAAAGGAAAAGCAGAGCAAUUGUUAAUUAGAAGAAAACAAUGGUGCAAUUUUUUAACGUUCCUGAAAACCUUAUUUCCUGUCUAUGCCUAAUGUUGCUGUCGUCGUCGUUGUUAAUCCCACGUGCGGGCUGCUCCGGCACGGGUAUACGCGAAACGGGUCUCACGUGCGGGGAUUAUGAGAACCCUGAGUCUUCCGCGUCCAACUUCAUGGCCAUAAUGGACAUGGUGUCGUUUCAGGUUAAAGAGAGAGGGUGGGGAGCGCAGACGCUGCUGGGUUCAGGGCCUCCCAUGUACGCAUUGGCCCAAUGCCGGCGCGACCUGAGGCCAGCAGACUGCUACAUGUGUUUCAGCCAAGCGAGGCUGGUGUUGUCACGGUGCGUGCCCAAGGCAGCUGGCAGAAUCUACCUCGACGGCUGCUUCGUCCGAUACGAUGACUACUCCUUUAUCCGUGAGAGCGUGGACCCCACUCAUGACAUCGGCAUCUGCGUGAGCCCAACUGUGGGGAAUGACACGGCCAGACGGGUGACGGCGACGGUGUCGAACGUGACGGAGGAGGCAGCGGAACGUGGGUUCUCGGUGGACGGAGGGGAUGGGGUUUUCGCCCUGGCGCAGUGCUGGUCGACGCUGAACAAAGGGAGGUGCAAGAUAUGCUUGACCGAAGCGGCGAAGAAAGUGCAGGAAUGUGUGCCGAGUGGUGAGGGUAAGAGUUUAUUCACUGGUUGCAUUUUGAGGUAUUCAAGGCACAAAUUCUACAACGACGUUUCACCACCUAACAUCAAGGAUUCUACUUCUACUUCUACAGUUUCAGAAAGGCCUGGUGUCUGGACGAUCGUUGCAUUUGUAUUAUCGGUGAUCGUAGGGAUUUCACUCAUCGUCCUUGCUGCAUUUAUGUGCUGUCAUAGAAUGUCGUCACGUAGAAAAGUAAGCGACAGUGGUGGUUUGGCACCAGAUUUUGCCUUCGUAGCAGGCUUCAGUUUUAUGUAUGAUUUGCUCGAGAACGCCACAGAUAAUUUUGAUCCCGCAAACAAAUUAGGCCAAGGUGGAGCUGCUUCCGUGUUCAAAGGAACCCUCCCCACUGGGAAGACUGUUGCUGUUAAACGAUUAUCUUUUAAUAAACGGCAAUGGACAGAGGGGUUCUUCAAUGAGGUCAAUUUGAUUAGUGGGAUUCAACACAAGAAUGUGGUGAAGCUUUUGGGGUGCAGCAUCGAAGGCCCUGAAAGCCUGUUGGUUUAUGAAUUUGUGCCCAAUGGAAGUCUUGAUCAAGUCCUUUUCGGUAAGGGCUCAGCAGAUGCUCUGAACUGGGAAAAACGGUUUCAAAUCAUAUGUGGGAUAGCUGAGGGCCUAGCAUACCUUCAUGAAGGUUCUGGAACAAAGAUUAUUCACAGAGACAUAAAGUCCAGCAACAUUCUAUUUGAUGAGAAUAUGAAUCCAAAAAUAGCGAAUUUUGGUCUUGCUCGCAUUGUUACUGGAAACAAAUCUCAUCUUAGGACAGGAAAUUCGAAGACACUGGGAUAUACGGCUCCUGAAUAUGUUUCCAAUGGACAAUUGACAGAGAAGGCAGACAUCUAUGCUUUUGGUGUCCUAAUUGUUGAGAUUGUGUGUGGUAAGAAGAACAGUGAUCAAAUACCGGGGUCAACUUCACUUCUCCACAGCGUGUGGAAGAAUUACAAGGCAAAUAAUAUAACAGCAUCCGUUGAUCCACUUCUGCAAGGUAAACUUACGGUAGACGAAGCAUCAAAUACGCUCCAAGCUGGCCUUCUUUGUACACAAUCAACUGUUACUCUCAGACCAUCCAUGUCUGAAGUAGUUCAGAUGCUAACCAAGAAAGACUACGCUAUUCCCUCUCCAAAGCAACAACCAUUCUUCAAUUUCAGUGGGCUAAGUCAAAAUGACUGCACUGUAUCCUCAAUUGGGCUUGCAAGUGCAAGGUCCUCCUUUCACAGCACCACCAGUUCACUAAUUCCAAAUGAUGAUUUAACAGUACAAGGGAAUUCCUUUCCUCAUUCUGACAAGUUCAUUGCUGGCAGCCCUGAUUCAAAUUUCCAAUUAAAUAUGGGAGCGCCUGAGCCCAGGUAGAUUCACUUGAAAUUUUGCGAUGAUCCUAAGGAGUGACCUGAAUGGGGAUAAGAGAAAACUGAGGAUAGUCAGUUAUAAUUUGAGUGUGUAAAAUUCUGAUGAACAGGGUUGGAAAGCAAAGGAGAACAUGAAUGGAUUUUGCUCAACAUAAGACGCAAGGAACAAAAUGUAGAUUAUGGUCAUGAAGCAACUUGUAUUAUAUAAUUGUGUACAUGAAGCAGGACUUCAAGGGUAGGGAAGAGUAAACAUGGCUCUGCUGUGUCCUUGCAAGUUGUUGAUGUAUUACACUUGUCAUGAAA